AUGCAGUUGGCAGGCGCAGCUAUUCUAGGAGUGGGAGUGUGGGUGAAAGUGGAUAGCAGUUCUCUCCUGGGUAUACUGGACGAAAUAGAAGAUGCCCCAGACGGGCUCUUCCAACUCGCCAAUAUUGCCUACCUGCUCAUCGGGGUGGGCGCGGUACUUCUCGUCAUUGGCUUUCUGGGAUGUUGUGGCGCCAUAAGAGAGAGCAGGUGUAUGCUAAUGACGUUCUUCUGUAUCGUGCUGUUUAUCUUCCUUGCCGAGGUAGCCGGAGCUGUGGUUCUGCUCGUCUUUCAGGGUUUGGCGAACGACCUUUUUGAACGUCUUGAAACCCAAGUAAGAAAAAGCAUUCAAAAGGACUUUGGAGAAAAAGAGAGUCUGACCUCUCUUUGGAAUGCCACCAUGGAAGAGUUUAAAUGCUGCGGAUACAGGAACUACACAGAUUUCGAUAACUCCCCCUACCAUGAUAGCCAUGGUGGACAGUUUUAUCCACCUACAUGUUGCCAACCACAAGACGCUUCUACUGCUUGUUCUACAGAAACAGCAGAAAAUUCGAUGGUCGAGGGCUGCUUUGAUAAACUGGUGGAGCUGUUUGAGGACAACGCUGUGAUUGUAGCAGCUGUGGCCCUAGGAGUCGCUGCUUUUGAGGUACAGUGUCACACAACUUAUACGACAUCUUCAUUGUUCUUUUUUUAUUGA